UGCUGCAAUUUCCAAUUUCUAAAACCUAAAGCGGAGACAGAGUCAGAGAUAACUCUCUAAUUGGGGGAGAUUGAGAUUUGAGAGAUUCGUGAAGAAGCGCAAUGGAGGGAAAUCAAGCUGGAUCUUCUCUAGACUCGUUGAUUUCUUCGUUCCAUAAACGAAUCGGCGAAUUGCAGGAACUCGUCAUCGCCCGGAACAUGUAUCCGGCGAAAAGCAUCUCGGAUUUAUCGGCGAUCGACACGGCGUUGAGCUCCAUGGAGCUUCAGGUUCAAUCUAUCAAAGACCGGUUGCGUGAAGAAACCGAAGCUAUUCCAAAAGCCAAGAAACUUAUCGAGGCAUCACUGAGACAACAAGAGAGAUUGCAGAAGAUGUCUAUUUAUGCGCCUUCUCAUUUGCCUGAUAAGGCUACAAUGUUGAAUUCAGAUUUAAAUCGAUGUUUGCUGCAAGAAAAUGCCAAGCAGUAUGAGCAAAAGCAUGCACUCAGCUCUUUGAAAUCUGAUGAGGAAGCAGUUGUUUUACCCAAGGAGAAGAAGGGUCGCGGGUCUCCUCCGGUUUGGUACAUAACUGUUGAGGAGCUCAAUUCCCUCUCAUCGUACAUGAGAGGAAGACUCACCCUUGAGAAAGUGAACGCAGCUAUCAAUGACAUGGCUUCGUAUGCUGAAGCAAAUGCCCAUCUUAUUGCUGCCCCAAAACAGAAGCUGGCGGAGAACCUCUGGGAGAAAGCACUGAAACUGCGAGAUAUUGUAACAGCGCAAGCAGUAAAGGGCAAACAUUUCUUUCUUGAAACUGACAUGAAGGGACCAAGUUUGAAACUGGACAACACAGGAAAAGCAAUACUUACUGUUCUUCGUCACCUUGGUCGUAUUAGUGAGACUCGCAUUGGUCAAAACCGCGUCAUCAUUCUAAUGAAGCCUCAUUAGAAACUAGCUUGGCUCAAGUUUGUUCAUUUUGACAAGCGUAAAAGAGGUAAUCAAUUUCUUGCUUUUUUCUCGGAAGCCUCCUUCCUGCUACUAUAGAAGAAGGUCUUCUAGUUCUUUAAACACCACCAUUUAGCCUAAUCUUAAGACUGUUCCGCCUUAACAGGCCCAGCAAGAACGGCCUAGAAUCAACUAUGUUGACGUCUGAAUUUUUUUAUAAAUAUGAUGGACAAGAUGUUUUAAGCAAUUUAUCAUAGUUGCACUAAAGUAGAAAAACUCGAUUUCCGUUAUUUGUCAAAAUAUUAUAAAAGCAUUUUCUCUCUAAGCAAUCUGGUUCAAGUUCCAGUGCACAAUUGGCCUGUCCCAUUCAUACCUACAAAGUAGCAAA